AAAGGACUCAAAACUCUCUGCUACCAACUGGCAGAGGCCGCCUCCCCAUAGUUCCUUCUUGCUUUGGCGGACAUUACAACGUUUCUCUGUCGACCCAUAUACAGUAAAUUCCCCACUCCAAAACAACAAAUCCUUUCUUCUUCCGCCAUUUUGAUCCAAACGUUGAAGAAAUCUUCGAGGCAAAAAAAUGCAGAGCACUGCAAUUUCAUUCACUCCUUCCGUCUCCAUCCCCACCAGGAGGAGGAGAAAUCCCAACUCCUCCAUUCUUCUUCAUCCCACCUCACUCUCUUCUUCCCUCCCUAAACCCCCCCUCCAUUUCUCCCCUCUCAGCGCUACUUCUUCGGGUAAGAGGUUUGUUAAUGGACCCAUUCGUUGCUCUGGUUCGGUGAAUCCGGUGCGCAGCGGUUGGAUUUCUUCUUCGUCUUCGGGCCCUCUUCAGGAACCCGAAUGCGAUGAUGGGGUUAAAGUUCGUGCCACUUCUGUUCCGGAAGCCGCCGGUGAAAAGCCGGAGGGGAAAGCUCUUGGGGGUACUUUGGUGCUUGGGUCGCUUUUUGGGCUUUGGUAUCUGUUUAAUAUCUACUUCAAUAUCUACAAUAAACAGGUACUAAAAGUUUUCCCAUAUCCGGUCACUGUCACUUUGGCUCAAUUUGCUGUGGGAUCAGUCCUUGUUGUCUUAAUGUGGACUCUUAAUCUCUACAAACUGCCUAAGAUCAGUGCUGGACAGCUUGUUGCGAUCCUACCGCUGGCUAUCGUUCAUACCUUGGGUAACCUCUUCACCAACAUGAGUCUUGGAAAAGUUGCUGUUUCAUUUACUCACACAAUUAAAGCGAUGGAGCCUUUCUUCUCUGUUAUUCUCUCUGCAAUGUUUUUGGGAGAGUUUCCUACAGUGUGGGUUGUUGCAUCUCUUUUACCAAUUGUUGGUGGAGUAUCACUUGCAUCUAUGACUGAGGCAUCUUUCAAUUGGGCUGGCUUUUGGAGUGCAAUGGCCUCAAACUUGACCAACCAAUCUCGAAAUGUUCUCAGCAAGAAAUUCAUGGUUAAGAAAGAGGAAUCUUUGGAUAAUAUUACACUCUUCUCUAUAAUCACAAUCAUGUCCUUUUUCUUGCUGGCUCCUUUUGCUUUCUUCAUGGAAGGAAUCAAGUUCACUCCAGCAUUUUUACAAUCUGCUGAAUUGAACGUCAGGCAGGUCUACACUAGGUCUUUACUGGCUGCACUGUGCUUCCAUGCCUAUCAGCAGGUUUCGUACAUGAUUUUGCAGAGGGUAUCUCCUGUAACGCAUUCAGUUGGCAACUGCGUGAAGCGUGUUGUAGUGAUUGUUACUUCUGUUUUAUUCUUCCGGACUCCUGUUUCUCCUAUUAAUUCUUUGGGAACUGGGGUUGCUCUAGCUGGAGUAUUCUUAUACUCAAGGGUGAAGCGCAUUAAGCCAAAGCCGAAGACAGCUUGAAGUUUGCAUGUGGAUUAUUGGUGCUGGUAAAUGUUGGCUGACAAGAAAGCAAAAAGGUUCCAUUUCUUUAGAUGUGUUAGCGAAAAUUUGUCAGACUUCUAUUGCUUGAGAAAUCUGGUUAGCUUUAUUCAGGGUUGCUAGGAAUUUUUGUUUGUGGCAUUCGAUUUUAUUAUCAGUUUUUCAGGUAUGCAAACCAUUUUAUGCAGAUCUUUCUGCUCAAUUCCUGUCACUUUCCCAACUAUAUUUUUAUAGGACCAAAACCGUAGUUAGUGCAUGAUUCCAAAUUAUUUUAAACGUUGGCCUAAAUGGAGUGCAAAAAGUGUAAGGAUGCAAUCAGCUUUAGACUUCCUAGGGAAAUCCAGACAACUGUUUAAUUGUAUCUGGGUGGCCGUCAGUGGAUUUAUAUUAGUCCAAAUUUCUACUGUUCAUGCAAAGAACAAAGGGGAAAGAAAGGUAAAAUGACUAAGUUACGGACUUAUGGAGUGAAGUUUCGAAGCAUACAAUUUGUUGGUAGAGGGGUUUGAAUUCAUCGUCUGUGUCGAUCGGCACAAAGGUUGUUGGCCGCAUGAACAAGUUUUUGAAGUUGAUUGCUUUGAUUUGCAACAAUCAGAAUACGGGAACCUAUGAUUUUUCUGAGUCAAAUUGUCUGUGAUUUUAUUUCUUUUACUUGUGCUUGAAGAAUUCGUUACCCGCUUUUGAAAAUGAGUCAAAAUGAUGGUUUUGCUUGGAUAAUUAUUUUCUGAUGGG